AUGGAGUUUUCAACGGAAACCUGGGCCUUCGAGACGCAGGACACGCAGACGCGGACUGCAGGCGCGGGCUCGGACUUCGAGCUUUCCACCAUUCGCGACGGCUCGCUGCGGCAGCAGCAGCAGCAGCAGCAGCAGCAGCAGCAGCAAAGGGGCCCGCGAGGCAGCAAGGGGAAGCCGCGCGGGCGCGAGGGGAGCUCCGUGGCGAGCGAGGAGGAGUCGGAGACGGCGACGCUGGAGACGGGAGCAGCAGCAGCAACAGCAGCAACAGCAGCAACAGCAGCAGCAGCAGCAGCAAAAGGCAUCUCCGCGCGCCGCUCGCGCUGGAGGGGCCGCGUGGGCCUCUCGCUCGUGCUGCUGGGGGCAGCACUGAUGGCCCUGGCCAGCAAAGCCCGCAGCAGAAGAGCAGCAGCAAACUGGACGCAGCAGCAGCUGGACUCUGCUGCUGCUGCUGCUGUUGUGGACGAGGCCUACAGGCAGCUGGCGGGCUCGGGGAAUGUCUUCCUGCUCACGGACCCGGGGCAGCUGCGGUACGACCCUGCUGCAGCAGCAGCAGCAGCAGCAGCAGAAAGCAGUUUGCUGCACACUAUGAAGCAAGUUUGCUUCUGGCGCAGCAAAGAAGACUUCCCCAAGACUCUGGCCAACUCCAUUGUUGCUGCAGGGACGGGAGCAGCAGCAGUGGCAGCAGCAGGGGCUGCUGAGCAGGUCUCCCGCGUCGCAGGAGCAGCAGCAGCAGCAGCACCAGCAGCAGCAGCAGCAGCAAAACUCACUGCUGCUCCUGCUGCUUGGCAGCUCGUGCAGCUGCAGGGGCUGCGGCUCUUCGAAGAAGUUUUGCUGCUGGAGACGCAGACAGGAGUGGCUCCUUACGACCCUGUGCGUGGGGGCUUCACCCCCGAGCAGCAGCAGCAGCAGCAGCAGCAGCAGCAGCAGCAGGAGCAGCAGCAGGAGCAGCAGCAGGGGAGCGAGGAGCAGCAGCAGCAGCGGCGGGAGCUGCAGCAGCAGCAGCAGCGGCUGCCGCUGCUGUACCAGGCGCUGGAGAGCUGGGCGCAGGAGAUGCAGCAGCAGCUGGUGCUGCUGCGGGACCAGCAAGCAGCAGCAGUGCUGCAGCAGCUGCAGCAGCAGCAAAAAGCGCAGCAGAGCGGCGGAAAAAACGGGAAAAAAGACGCUGUUAAUGGCAUUAAUGGCAUUAAUGGCAUUACUGGCAUUUCUGGCAAAGAAUCUCCGGAAAGUUUGAUGAAAAGUCCUCAUUUUCAAGAAUUAAAUGAUGCCAUUUUCGUUUACGGAGAGUUCCAAAAACUCGCCAGCAGCUGGGCUGCUGCAGCGCCGCCGAACUCCCUCUUCGAGAGCGACCGGCAAGUGCUGUCGCGGCGGGCGGUGUCUGCUGCAGUGUUUAGCUGCUUCUCGUCUUCGCUGUCGAAGCCCUGCAGCAGCAGCAGCAGCAGCAGCAGCAGCAGCAGCAGCAGCAGCAGCAGCAGCAGCAGCAAGAGCGCGGUGGAGCUGGGCCUGAACAAGUAUGUCCCCGGCUUUAUUCUUUACCUCUUCUCCAACCAAAGAGACACAACUCCUUCUUGCUUCGCGCGGCUGCGGCAGGCAGUGCAGCUGCUGGGGCUGCCGCCGUUUGCUGCAGCAGGGCAGCAGCAGCAGCAGCAGCUGCAGCAGCUGCUGCAGGCCGGGCUGGAGUAUCCUUUGAAGCGGCGGCGCGCGGGGGAAGUCCUUGCGCAGCUGGAGAUCCUGGAGUUGAACGAGGAAGCUGCUGCUGUUGCUGCGGAGUCUGCUGCAGUGCAGCAGGGGGCGCUGCUGCAGCAGCUGCAGCAGCAGCGGGAGGCCCAAGCUGCUGCAGCAAGAGAGGAGCUGCAGCAGCUUUCCAGGGAACUCUUCGUGGCUGAGCUGCAGACCGACUUGGCCCUGGCCACCUUCGACGUGAGCAAGCUGCAGCAGCAGUUUGCUGCUGCGCUGCAGCGCGUGCGAGCAGCAGCAACGCCUGCUGCAGCAGCAAGCGCAGCAGCAGCAGCAGCAGAAGCAGAAGCAGCAGCAGCAGCGCUCCGCGCAGCCAAACACGACCUCGCAGCAGGCCUUGACCGCCAGGGCACCACCGCCUCCGCGUGGGUCAAACGGCUGGAGAGAAGCAGCAAAGACGCAGCAGCAGCAGCAGCAGCAGCAGCAGCAGCAGCAGCAAGUCUGAGCCCGCUGAGCCCCGACGAAGCAGCAAAACUCAAAACCUUCAUGCAGCACCUGGCCAACCGCGCGCUGCUGCACAAAGCCCUGCUGCACCUCAAAGCUGCUGCUGCAGCAGGAGAGCCAGAAGCAGCAGCAGCAGACAAGUUGGCCAAGACAGAGUCUCUUGCUGCACUGGCCCACGUCCACAUCACUGCUGCUGCGCGCGGCCCGCUGCAGCAGCAGGGCAUUCUCCCCUCCUGGAUCGGCUCCCCCGACGAACAGCCUUUCUUCAAAAGCCUUUAA